GGGACACUGCGCAAAUUUUCGCGAGGUUUUUCUCUAUUUCAUUAUGAUCGUUUUAUUCGAAUGAAACGCUUACCAGGCAAAUGCACAGCCAAAUCAAAAUAAAGCAUGUUACAGUUUAAACAUUUGGUUUUUAAAACGUUCGCAUCAAACUUUUCGAAUUUUGGAAAAAGGCAAACGAUUUUUUUCGCAUUCUUGACAUCGCUAGUGGUAUUUACUGUAUACAACCUAUCUGACACUUCCAAUUCGUCAAACCUAUAUUAUAAAAAAUAUAAUUUUCCUUACACCUUAAAACACAAAUAUAUCGUAAACACCUCAACAUGUAAGGUUCCUAGUUUGGAUCCAGUUAGCGAGGAAAUUAAAAAAUAUGUGUUCAGCUUAAAACCUAUGAAAUGUAAUGGUCACCCAAUUUUGACUUUUGUAGAAAAAAAUAAUGAUGGAGCGUUUUUAAAUAUAGACGAAAAAUAUGCCAAAUUAUAUGGAAAAAACUUGGACUGUUGCGUCAUGAACAUAACAAGAAUUAUAAGCUACUCUCCUGAAAAUGAUAUAAGGUAUUCUUCCUGCAUAUACUUUGAAAACAAAAUAAAAAUUCACUCGGACACAAUAAAAGUGGUUUGCAAGGAUUCGCGGAAAAACGAAGUAUACAAAAACGUGCAUAUGGUAGCGUUGCCUAAAAAUCCGCCCGAUGUGAUUAAUGAAUCGAAAUUCAGUGUUUUAUUGGUUGGAAUCGAUACAGUAUCGAGACCAGCUCUUAUGAGAACAAUGCCCAAAACGUACAAAUACGUCAAUGAAAACUAUUUAAGUUUAAAGGGAUACAACAAAGUUGGAUAUAAUACUCUACCGAAUCUCGGAGGUAUGCUGUCUGGAAAAACUAAAAAACAAAUACAGGAAACGUGUCGUUGGAACGACAGGAAAUUGGACAACUGCAGUUUUAUCUGGAAAAACUUUAAGUCACAAAACUACAUCACUGGUUAUGUGGAAGACCAAUCGGGAAUAAGCACGUUUAACCUGGAGACUCCGGGUUUUUACGAGGCCCCUACAGAUUUUUACGGACGUCAAUACAUACUAGGUGCGGAGCGAUUGGGGGUUAAAUAUUACCACGGCAUGGAUUACUGCACCGGUCCGGAAAAUACCGGGGAAAGGAUCAUGAAAGCAGCCAAAGAUUUUUCCACGACCUACAAAAUUAACAAAUAUUUCGGCCUAUUUUGGAUGAACAGUUUCAGUCACGACGAUAUAAACCUGCCUGGUACCAUGGAUGAAAAAGUUUUGGAUUUUUUCACCGAUAAAGACUUUAUUGAAAGCAUUGAAGAUACUUUUGUGGUAUUCUUCAGCGAUCACGGAUUUAGAUUCGGCGAUAUUCGCUUCACUUAUACAGGGUGGUUGGAGGAAAGAAUGCCGUUUAUUUUUAUCAAAGUACCUGAUAGAUUUAAGGAAAUGUUCGCCAAAGAAUAUAGUAAUUUAUUAUCCAACACCCAGAAGCUUACGAACCCUUACGACGUCUACUUGACUCUACAAAACAUUCUCGAAAUUGGCGACGGAAAUUAUAGCGCGGUAAAAAGCGAGGCCUGCCCGAAAUGCUACAGUCUAUUCCAGGAAAUUCCGGAGCACAGAACGUGCGAUGAGGCGGCCGUAGAACCCCACAUGUGCACAUGCACAGGCUAUUCCCCCAUAGACCCAAAACAGGACCUGGUGCGGAAUUUCUCCAAUUUCGUUUUGACCGGCAUAAACGACAUAAUAAAAGCGUCGUACCCCAUCACCCUAAUAUGCAAUUUGUACAAGUUGAACAGGGUCUACUCGGCCGGCAUGUCGGAAACUUUCGUCAAAAACAACGAGAACGUACACUACGUUUUGCUGCUCAUAGAGACCGUUCCUGAGGCCAUGUUCGAAGCCACUCUGGAAAUAAGCAACGGCGCGGUGAGGUUGGUGGGGGAGGCGGGCAGAUUGAACAAAUACGCGCCCCAAAGUUACUGCGUGGACGGGAAGGACCUCAAACAGUACUGCCACUGCAUGUCUGGCAUGGAUUACUUGAAAAACUUGUUUUGCGAUUAUUUGGGGUGUUGACUUGAAGGCAUUCACUAUUUUUGUAAUAAAUAUUUAUUAUGAAUUAAAAAAAUAUAAAGUUAUAAUAAACUAGUGACUAUUUUGGGUAGUUCCCCCGCUAUCCUACACUGUCGUUGAUCGUUGCCCUGCUUAUACCAAUGGGUGACAUCAUCGUAGAGCGUCCUUUUCUCACUUGGGUCGUUUAAUUUCGCGCACAAAUCGCACAUUACAUCAUUUCCCUUAUUGUCCACCAAAUAAUCCUUCUUCCACUCGAAAUACUUCAAAUACUCUGUAGAGUUUGCAUCCAGGAAAUUGAUGUGGUCGGCCAAAUCUUUGACAGAGUUGAAAUCGGCGACGUUUAUCACCGAUUUUGGGGGGGCGAAUGUCGUGUAGUUGGCCCCACCGUAGACGUUUAGUUUUAGAACGUUAAAGAGCUUUUCCGUCACAUAGUCAUUGCAAAUGGAGUUCUCGAACGAUAGAU